UUUCUCCAUGCGGUCAGACAGAGAGCUCCUCUCCCCUUUUUCUUCUCGUUUUUGCCUUGGAGAGCCUUUGCUUUUGCUGUUCUUGGUCAUGGAUAAUUUUGUUCGGAACAAAUUAACUGAAUGGGAUCUCAGUGAGUGGAUAGAAACAUUUCAAGCUCAACGCAUUGACAAGAAAAAUCUUUACUGUCUUGGUCAUCAAGAAAUCACUGACUUGAUCCCAAUAGUGGGACCCAGGGCAAGAUUCAAGAGAGAACUAGAGUUGUUAAAGAAGAAACAAAACACAGCAAAUGCAAAAACAGUUGAUUCUCCUGCUCAAGGGGAACAAAACACAACAAAUGCAAAAACAGUUGAUUCUCCUGCUCAAGUUUGUCCAUCCACCAGUGCUUCAAGUGAUAAAGUGAAGAGAAAGUUGGAUCUUCAGGGCGAGUCCAGCAAAUGGCAAUCACCAACCAGAAAACAACGAUGUGAACCUAGACCGGGGUCAUACUCAGAAGGCUUUAUAUUGUCUGAUGUGAAAACCAUCAUGAGAUAUGUUCAAAAAAGGCUACCAGCCCAAGACAACAAACUCAAUCAGUUCCUCAAGAAGAAAAUUGGUGAUUUGGAGAUCGACAAGAGGGAGCUGAUUGGUGUCUUUGGUAAAACCGGGGCUGGAAAGAGCUCUCUGAUAAAUGCUGUCAUUGGAGAGAAGAAUCUCUUGCCUUAUGGGAGGGUCAAAGCAUGUACCUCAGUCAUGAUUAAAGUGGAGGCUAACAUGCUACACCAAAGAUAUGAGGCAGAAAUUGAGUUCAUUACAAAAGAGGAGUGGAAAGAUGAGUUGUGGUCCUUGUUAAAUUUCCUUGGGGAUAAUGCCAAUCGAGAAGAUGAUCAGGAAGAUGACGAGGAUCAGGACACUGUUGACAAGCUGUCAGCGCUGUAUGGAGAAGAAUGGAGAGACAAAUCCCUUGAAAACCUCAUAGAUAACAAGUACUUUAAAGAAGUUCCAGAAUUUCUCCAAUCCAAGAGAAAGCUUUUGACAUCUGAAUCAGCUAAAGAGCUAUCUGCAAAAUUAGUCAAAUACACAAGGAGUGAAUCAAACGAUGGAGAAGGAAAAGAAGUAAAGAAGUGGUAUUGGCCCCUGGUGAAGUGUGUGACUGUGAGGGUGCCUAACAAUGAUCUUCUCCAGCAUGUCACACUUGUGGAUCUUCCUGGAAAUGGGGACCGUAACAAGAGCAGAGACAAGAUGUGGAAAGGGGUUGUUGGAAGUUGCUCUACUGUGUGGAUUGUGACUGAAAUUAAUCGAGCAGCAACAGAGACUGAAGCCUGGGACAUCCUGAAAAGUACCUGUAGCCUCAUCGGAAAUGGUGGUGAGUGUCAGCGCAUCCACUUCAUCUGCACCAAGUCUGAUGAUAUUGGAGAUACGGAUGAUCAUUCAAAAGAUGCUGUUCGUGCUCUCAUAUUUAAAAACAACAUGCAAGCCAAGGAAGAAGUGAAAAAAGAGUUCAGAAAACUCAAGGAGUUUAAGAAACAUUUCAGUGAUGAAAGUUUCAAAGUCUUCACAGUGAGCUCCAAAGAGUUUCUGAAGCAAAAACGUCUGACGCCACAGGAAACUGAAAUACCCAGACUUCAGGAAUUUCUGCAAAAGCUCAAUGACUGUCACUCAGAGACAUUAAACUAUGUGUCUGGAGCUCAUGGGAUCCUCUCUCUGAUUCACGGGGCCAGAAGUAGAGCAGGGGCUGACAGAAACACAGAUGUGUGCAGAGAGCUGGAAGAAAAGAUGAAGCAGGAACUUAAAAAAAUUAGACAGCCCAUGCAGAAGACUUAUGACACCUUUGAAAGAUGCCUCACUGAGGGAGUUAAAAAAUCCAAAAGUUCCUGGGAAAGACUCUUGAAGUCGGUCUUACAUCCUAGAAUGAAGGGGAGUGCUUUUCAUGGGAUACUGAAGUGUGUAGUUCAGAAUGGCGGCACUCACAAACCAAAGAACAAAAAACUAAUAAACCUCAAUAUGAAGUUAACUUCAUGCCUGACUGACAGCAUUGAUGAGGAAUUCAAGAAGACCUUCCCAAAUGAAGCAAAAUGUGGACCAUUCAAUGGGAUCAUCAACUCGUUUUCACUUGAAACAGAGAGGCUGAUGAGAGAGAGGCAAGAGUACAAAGAUGUCGAACUGCAACUGAUAUUUCUCAAGACAGAGGAAGAAAAAAUGAAGACAAAACUCAACAAAAUCAUCCGGAAGCAAAAGAAAAUGAUCUACAACAGUCUGAUGGAGACAAUCGAGGAAAACAUGAAAGAAUGCUACAGAAAAGCAGCAGAAAUUAGAGGAGAAGGCUCGCUGAAAAACAUGAGGAGCACUAUUGAGAACCAUGUACGAGAUUCAAAGGACAUCAUGUUUCAGAGGGCGAAAAAUGUUAUGUUGGAGCAGCUGAGAAACUUGAUGGUGCUGAUCCUGAGGGAGCUGAUGCAAACAAUGCAGGAAUCAAUCGAGCUGUCACUCAAUACAGAUGGUGACUCAAUCCCAGACGUUUCAAAUGAGCUCCAGAUGGUAAAGAACCACUAUGAUGAACUGAAGGAAAACUCAAUUGAACCACCACUAUAUAUGAGUGCUGAUCCACCUGUCCCAGCAACCCAUUCAUGAUGUGUGCAUAGGUUUGCUCAGUGGAGAGAAUCAGCAGAUGCCUGAUCACCCACUGAAGGUCCCUGUGGGCACACCGAUCCCUCAGAGACAUGACACCUCUGAUGACGAAAAUGAAAAAGAUGAUCCGCACACCAAAUAGAGCUCCCAUUACUUUAUACUUUUAUUUUGUCAUUCGUGACAUUUUGAGCACACAGACUUUUCCUCAGACUUGUUAACCAAAGAAAUUUUCUUUGGGAUGUGCGUGUCGCCACCUCUUUUUUAUGAACCUCUGGAUUUGAUCUCAACCAUUUUUGUCAAGUUAUCGUAUCCCUGUUCUUUUUGAGUUUUUAAUGUACUUUGAGUUUGCUUGUUGUUGUGUAUUACAUGCAGAGAGACAUUUUUGCUUUCAAGUGAUUAUAGAUCAGAGGCAGAUAGAAAAUGCUGGGAGAAGGGUGGAGGGAGCUGGAUUCAAACCAGAGACAUAAGCCCUGUUUCCACCGAGCAGUAUGGUACAGUUCAGUUCGGUACGCUUUUUUUUCCGUUUCAACCAUGAAAAAUUGUGGAUGGUACCAAUGGAACCGUUCCGUACCGUCCCCAUUUUUGGUCCCCCUCUGCUGUGAACACUGCAGUCUGUUGAUUGGUCAAUAGAGGAUGGUCACUCUGCGUGCAAUCCUGUUCUGUGAUUGAGAAAUGAGGUGCAGACUUUCCUCUGUGUCACCAGAAAUACAGUGAGCGCUGGAUGGAGCAGUGAGUGGCAACAACAUGAAAGAGUACUGUUUGCAGUGGACACUCUAGGGUCUAGGUACCAUGUCUGAAGGGUUACUUUGGUUCCAAAGAUACUAUAUUGAAAGUGUUUGGUGGAAACAGGGCUAUAGUGGUUUUUAUGGUGCAGGUCUAACCCACCAGUGUACUAUGAUCUCCCAGAGACUUUUUGUUUUUCACAAUUAAACAUGUUUUUCUUCUUUUUGAAUAUGUGAAUGUUUUUUUUCCAGGUUUUUUUAUUAUAUUUGUUUAAUGUUGAUUGAUUUUAAUGAUUUGAUUUUUUUGGUUGUCUCACUUAAACCUUGAACCUUCAUUACAAUACAUGCUGUAAAUUAGAUCUGACACUGACAUUUUUCUUUAUGGUAUAUGGUAUACUGUCCAAUACACCUCAAUAAAGUUCCCUUUUGUGAAUGCCA